UAUGAUGGUUGGCUGGGAAAGCGCCAGCAGGAUCAUAAGAGGGCGUGAUGGAUAGAUGUUGAUGAUCCGCGGGCUCUUCAAUCAUCUAUCGUCGCGAGCUGUCGCAGCAUUAGCGCGUCGCCGGCCGGUAUUACUCAGAAAGUUCAUCGCCGCCGCAAACAUGUUGGCGGUUCCGGGACAGAGUUGGGAGGUAGCGGCGGAGGAGAUCAUGAUUCCAAGGUACAGCAGCAGCAGCGGCGGCGGCGGCAGAAGAGGAAGAGGGGUUGCGAUUGUUUGGUUCAGGAAUGAUUUGAGGGUUUUGGACAAUGAGGCUCUGUACGCAGCUUGGGUUUCGUCGGAGGCUGUAUUGCCGGUGUACUGUGUGGAUCCCACCCUCUUCUCUUCAACCACUCAUUACUUUGGUUUCCCCAAAACCGGAGUCUUGAGGGCGCAAUUCAUCGUAGAGUCAUUGGGUGAUUUGAAAAGGAAUUUGAUGUUACGGGGUCUUAACCUAUUAAUUCAGCAUGGGAAACCUGAAGAUAUUCUACCCUCACUUGCAAAGGCAUAUAAUGCGCAUACAGUUUAUGCCCAAAAGGAGUCAUGCAGUGAGGAGCUGAGUGUUGAAAGGGCGGUCUCCAAAAACUUGGAAGCUGCCAUUCAACCGUUUUCAAAAUCUCAGAAUGCAACCCGGUUAGAACUGCUGUGGGGAUGCACUAUGUACCAUAUAGAUGACCUUCCAUUCAACUGCAAGGACUUGCCAGAUGUAUUUACCCAGUUCCGUAAGUCGGUUGAAUCAAAAUCUGUAAUUCGAAAUUGCGUAAAGAUUCCUACAUCACUUGGUCCCUCUCCCAAUGUUGUAGAGUGGGGAUCCUUUUCUGAAGUUACCCAGCUCGGGCUCCAGCCAUACAAGGUAUCUAAAGGGUUGAAGUUUAUAGGUGGUGAAACUGCUGCUCUUGGUAGGGUACAUGAGUAUUUCUGGAAGAAGGAUAUGCUACAAAUGUACAAAGAAACAAGAAAUGGAAUGCUAGGACCUGAUUAUUCAACUAAACUCUCCCCUUGGCUUGCUUCCGGGUGCCUCUCUCCUCGCCUGAUUUAUGCUGAAGUCAAGAGAUAUGAAAAGGAGAGACUAUCAAAUAUGUCAACAUAUUGGGUUUUAUUUGAGCUGAUAUGGAGGGAUUACUUCAGAUUUCUUUCAAUAAAAGUGGGAAAUUCACUCUUCCAUCCAGGUGGACCUCGUAAGUUAACCUUUAAUUGGAGGAAAGACCAGAAGUUAUUUGAUGCUUGGAGAAAUGGUCAGACUGGGUACCCUCUCAUAGAUGCCAAUAUGAAAGAACUUUCUACUACAGGAUUCAUGUCAAAUCGAGGUCGUCAGAUUGUUUGUUCUUUUCUUGUUCGGGAUAUGGGCAUUGACUGGAGAAUGGGAGCUGAGUGGUUUGAGACAUGCCUCUUGGAUUAUGAUCCAUGCUCCAAUUAUGGUAACUGGUCUUACGGCGCAGGUGUUGGAAAUGACCCAAGAGAGGAUCGUUACUUCAGCAUUCCUAAGCAAGCAGAAAACUAUGAUCCGGAAGGGGACUUUGUAGCUUAUUGGUUGCCAGAGCUAAGAGCAGUCCCAAAAGAGAAGAGACAUUCCCCUGGUCUUUUGGGCGUCCAGCCAGUUGUUCCUCUCAGGCAUGGACGACGCACCAGCAAAUCCAACAAUAAUAGGGCUGGAGCAGCUAACACGGUAAACAAAUAGAACAAGGGUCAUUGAGAAUGAAGAGCUUUUCAUUUCAUGCUACCCAACCCAUGUUCACACACACGCUCUCUCUCACUCUCAUUAGUGUGUGACAGUUGAUCAAACGACUCUACUUGCAUGGUAACAUGAAAUGGACCUGAAUGGGGUGAUUAAUGAGACCCCAGCAGAAUUCUUUUUACAGUGAUGAUUUCACACAAUUGAUUAUUAAGGGUUUUCAACGAUUGUGCACAUUAUUUAUUAUUGAAAAAACUGUCAAAUAAGUCUUGUAUAAUAAUUAAAAAAAUGGUCUAUCAAAUUACUUGAUCAAC